CAAUGUUAUAAACUGGGUUCUGCUGUAAGCAUUUGCCAUUAAAGGCUGGGUUAGGGCUCUCGUACCCUGCAGGGAGUUGAAGAGACGGAAAAGAACCAAAAAAAAAAUACUUGGACAUUUAGAAUUCUGCGGGCUUCUUACUUCCGAGUUUCAGCUUGCCGGUUUCAAUCCGUGAAUCUCGCCGCGGGUUCUCAGUGAACCUUUUGUUGGCGGCAGCGGCUUAUUUGCAUGAAGGACGCUAUCGGUAAAUUUCUUGAAAUCUAAACUCUUGAAGAACGGCCGCCGCUCGAAACGUCGAUGAUUUACUCCCGUCCGUGUCUUGCGCCUGACCUGCUGAGUUCCUGCGGCGUUGUGUCCCUGUUGGGUGGGGGGUCUCUUCAUUGCGAUCAGUGGCCCGAGAUGGAGAGAGAGAUCUCCGCUCCGUUUCUUCCUUUCGAAGGGGGAAGUCUUGUGUUUGGAAUUGUUCUGUCGCAGGGGCCGAGACACAGUGAGAAGCGCGUUUUGCUCAAAUCAUUACACAGCAUACUGAGGUUUCUGGCGAUAAGAGUAUCCAGGGAUGGGGUUUGGCUGCACAAGUCAAGAAGAUGGAUCUAGGGAAUCGCAAAUCACCUGCGAUGCCCUCAGUGCAGACCACCCCCAGGAGACAUGCCACGCUGAGGACAUCCUGAGAAACAUGAAUGCCUUUUGCCAGCACAGACUCUUCACUGACGUCGUGCUUCGCGUUGGGAGGCGCGAGUUCCAUUGUCACCGCGCUGUCCUCUCUGCCAACAGCAGUUACUUCUGGACUAUGUUCUGUAUUGGCCUCAAGGAGAGCCGGCAGGGCAUCGUGGACAUCAAGGGGGUCUCGGAGGACACGAUGAAAUGCAUGUUGGACUACAUGUACGGGGGGAGCAAGAACAUCCAUGAGGACAACGUGCAGGACCUGCUGGAGGCUGCCGAUCUCUUCCAGAUGUCGGGCCUCAGGGGCAGCUGUGAGAAGUUCUUGGAGGAGCAGCUCGAUCCUUGCAACUGCCUGGGAAUCCUGAGCUUUGCAAACAGCUUCUCCAUCCCGGCCUUGUCCGAGAAGAGCCGGAAGCUCCUCAUGGAGAGCUUUGCGGAGGUGACGCAGCACGACGAGUUCCUGCAGGUGCCCAAGAGUGAGCUCCUCGACCACCUGUCCAGCGACCUCUUAGCCGUCAGCCAGGAGGAGACCGUCUUCGAGGCGGUCAUGCGCUGGGUGCGGCACGACGUCGCCGGCAGGGUGUGUGCGCUAAAAGAACUGCUGGAGUUGGUUCGAAUCCCCCUCCUGGACCCCAUAUACUUUGUCGAGAAGGUGGAAAAUGACGAGUUGAUCUUGAACUCCAAAGAAUGCUUUCCGCUGCUCCAAGAGGCUCGGAGGUACCACAUCUUUGGCAGUGAGAUAGCGACCUCCAGGACAAGGCCACGGAAGUUUGCAAACGUGGCUGAGGUGAUCGUCGUGGUGGGUGGCUGCGACAAGAAGGGCCGGGCGUCACUGCCGCACACCGAGCGGUUCAACCCCAGCACUGGCGAGUGGACUCAGCUCGCCAAGAUUCCAGAUUACACCAAGUCAGAGUUCGCUGUCUGCAUUCUAAAGAAUGACAUCUUCCUGUCAGGUGGACAUUUGUACAGCAAGGACGUGUGGAUGUAUAAUUCCCUCCUCAAUGUCUGGCUGAGAGUGGCACCUCUGAAUAAAGGAAGAUGGAGGCAUAAAAUGGUAGCCUUACACGGCAAGAUCUAUGCUGUGGGCGGUUUUAAUGGAUUCAGCAGAAUGUCCGGUGUCGAAUGCUACAAUGCUACCUUGAACUGUUGGAGAUACCGGGCUCCUUUACUAGAAGCUGUCAGCUCAGCGGCAGCAACUGCCUGUCUAAACAAGGUCCACGUCAUUGGCGGAGCGCUCAGUGAUAAACUGAACUCCAACAAGGUACAAAGCUACGACCCCCUGAAGGACGAAUGGACUUUUACAACGUCGACUCCUUUUGCUCAAAGGUGCAUCAACGCCGUGAGCCUGAACGAUUCAUUCUACGUUAUGGGAGGGCUGAUGGAAUCAGUGUACAAGUACAACGUAAAGCAGGGCGUCUGGACAGUGCUGACCAGUGUUCCAGGACCUCUGGAGAACAGUGGACUGACGGUCUGCGGUGGCAUGGUCUAUGUCCUGGGAGGAAAAGACGCUUUGGCAGAAGGCACGGACCGAGUUCUCUGCAUUGACCCCACCUCGGGCAAGAUGAGCCAGUUGUCCAACAUGCCACGUUGCGUCAGCUAUCAUGGAUGUGUCACCAUCCGCCAGCAUGUGAGGCAGUGCACACAGGCUUUCUGAGGACAUGCUCAACACUGGAUGUUAGAUGAGAUACCAGAAAAGGUCCUUUCCCUAACCUGUUACAAGUCCGCCUGUCAGAAAGGGCAGAGGGUUCUGUUGUCACAAAAUGGAGAAUGCACUGUUCCCAUGAGUGACUUGCUGUCUCCUGUACUCCUAAUCCAUCCUGAGGGAUCCUGACUGUAGAAAAUUCCCUGUCUAACGUCCAAACUCAUUACUCCCUCUUGUACUGUCAUUAAACAUUGACUUCAGCUAACUGAUCCCUAAAUGUUUCAACUUAAUAUCAGAGAAUGUAUACAACUUGAAAUUCUUACUCUUCUCAGACAUCCACGAAAAAAUAAACUCCAAAGUAUAAAUGACAGUAACAUCAGAGCUCCAAAGCUCCCGCCCCCUGCCCCGUUGACACACAGGCAGCAGCAGAAACAUUGGCCCUUCCCCCCCCCCACUUGUACCAAAUCUCCAAUUCUCUUGGAGUUUAGAAAAUGUAGGCUAGAAUGUAUCCAAGAAUGGGAUGUCCACAGGAUUUGGAGAAGAUGUUCAACAUCUCUCAGCUCCCUGAGAGAAAUCCAUUUCUUCAGGAAAGUCCCCCCCACCCCCCUCAUCUGUGUGCAAAACACUGAGAAUGGCACUUGCAAACCUGGUCAGUGGAGUUCUGGGCUUGGGAGAGGCUGUUGGUAGUUACUGUACUGCAUUGAUUGUACACAUUUCCAGCACCGUGCACUGGUGGUGAAGGAGUGAACAUUUAAGGCGAUGGAUGAAUGGGACCCGGAAUGAAAUGCUUCUUCAAGCACGGACACACUGUUUUCUGUCCCACCAUGUGCACCUGCUCUGCUGACAGGAGAUUCAUGAGGUGCACUCAUUCCUCAACAAUGUCCCAGUAACCAUAACAUGCACAUCUGCUGUGCCUUAACAAAUCUGAAAUGUUGCAACACAUUCUACAUUCACCCGUUCAAUUGUCAUCACUGAGGGUGAUGUGGUCUCUCUGUGUUCAACUGACCAUUAUCGUCCGAACCACUUAAAGGUAAAGGUUCUUAAAGGGAAACUGUCAUACCUCACUAGCAUAGAAUAUGUUUCAGGAGUAUCUUCUGCUUAUGCUUAAAACUGUGAAAUGUCUUCAACUAUUGUUAACCUUGAUUUAAUACCUACCUGCUCAUUAAUCUUGAAAUGUGAAGUUGUUUUUUAUUGUGAGUGUUGGCUCUGUGUGCUAGAACUUGCCUAAUGCCCUUCCCCUCCUGAUAAAGGGUCUCGGCCCGAAAUAUCAACUGUUUGUUCGUUUCCAUAGAUGCUGCCUGACCUGCUGAGUUCCUCCAGCGUUUUCUGUGUGUUGCCUAAUGAACACUGUCUCAGCUUUAGCCAGAGGGUAGUGAGUUUAUGGAAUUCAUUGCCAUGAACGGUAAUGGAGGCCAAGUCAUUGAGUAUAUUUAAAGCAGAGGUUCAGAGUAAAUUUAUUGUCAAAGCAUGUAUGUGUCACUAUACAUUACCCUGAGAUUCAUUUUCUUGUGGGCAAUCACUGUAAAUACAAGAAACACAGGAGAAUCAGUGAAAGACUGUACCCAGCAGGUCAGAGAAGCAGCCAAACAUGCAAAAGACAACAAACUACAAAUACUAAAAUAAGUAAAUAAAUAAACAAACAAACAAGCAAGCAAGCAGUGACUAUUGAAUAUAAGAUGAAGAGUUCUUGAAAGUGAGUCCACAGGUUGUGGGAACAGUUCAGUGUUGGGGUGAGUGAAGUUUGGUGAAGCUAUCCCUUUCAGAGCGAGAGGUUGAUGCUUGAGGGAUAAUAACUGUUCCUGGACCUGGUGGUGUGGGUCCUGAUGUUCCUGUGCCUUCCUUAAUGAGAACAUGAGAUAGUGAGUCCAUAGGUUGCAGGAACAGUUCAGUGGUGGGACGAGUGUAAUUAUCCCCUCUGGUUCAAGAGCCUGAUGGUUGAGAGGUGACUCACAUACAAGACCAACAAAUUAUACAAGUAUUGAUAGGUAUGUAAAUGCAACAGAUGCUGCAGAUGUUGAAAAUCCAGGGUAACACAUGCAAAAUGCUGGAGGAACUUAGCAGUCAGGCAGCAUCUAUGGAAAAGAAUAAAAAGUUGUUAUUUUUGGCCAAGGGAGUGUCAGGAGUUACAGAGAGAAGACUGGAGGAUAUGGCUGAGAAGGAUAAUAAAUCAGCCAUGAGGGAAUGGUGGACAGACUCUGGGCUGAAAGGCCUCGUCCUGCUCCUAUAUCUUAUGAUCAUCUUCAUUCUACAUUAGUCUUGGUGAGAGGUCAGUCUCGCUCACAGGGGUUUACAUCCUGGGGUCCAUUGACCCCUUAAUGGCAUUAGUCCAUGGUAUCAAAAAUGUUGGGAACCCCUGGUCUAGCAAGAUUGAUCCUUUCUCAGCCUUCAGCUAGACCACAAAUAAUGCAUGAAUCAAACUCUUUCACCAACAUGUUCUAUUUCUUACUCUCUUAUCCCAACCAACUAAAAUACAUUAACCUGUUUUCCCUCUGAUUGGAUGGACAGAGAUUGUGGUGAAACAGCAAGGUUUGUGGAAAUGUUCCCCAGCUCUGUGUUUCAGCUCCAGACUCUGGAUCCAUGAUCUGAGCUGCAACUCUGGACUGUAACACAGGGAAAUGAAAACACGAGCUUGCUUAACCGACCCUCAUAAGACGUGCUCUCUAAUCUAGGCAGCAUCCUGGUAAAUGUCAUCUACACUCUCUCUAAAGUUUCCACAUCCUUUAAUUGAUGUUUCUGGGAAAACAUUUGUGGAGGGGGACUUGAACCCACAACCUUCUGGAUCAUACCCAGCUGUCUAACCCACUGAGCCAAGAUACUGAGCCUUAUUUGCUUUGAUGUUGUUGAUACUAGAGUUAGAAUUAAGCAAUGUCUUUGUUAAUUGUGUUAUUGUUGUGAGCUUUCUGUUGUAAUAUUUACGCAAUGUAGUUUAUAUAAUCCGUUAAUUAAUGUAUAUUCAGGACCAAAUAAAACUUUUGUAU